GCCCAAAGAUUGCGACCAAAAUUAUAAAAUAAAAUGGAGAGUUCAAGCCAGAUUCCCGAAGACCAUAAAGACCAAGUGCAAGACCUAGAAAGUAGGAGCUUGAAGAUAGAGAGGGAGAACAACAGUGUACUUGCAGCUGCUCAUUAUUUCAAAUCCUUUUCAAAGGAACUAGAAGUCGAAGAAUAUGAAUCAAGCUACAGAAUAGAUAGCGAAGAUAUUGAUCUAGACUUAUUCGAGCAUGAUCAAAAUGUGUUUAGUUAUAUUAAAAGAUUGUGCUUUAUUGAGGAUUUUAUCAAAAAACAAUUAUAUUUAGUAAAUACUAUAUGCAGUAAUAAGUAUUUCAGCAAAUUUAUAAAAUUCUCAUUUCCUCAAGAAGUGGAUGUUCUUGCAGUUUAUUCAGAACGUAAAUGCAUCAUAAAUGUGUCUGUUUAUUUGAAUGCAAUCACAAGGAUUAGUCCCAGAGUCAAUAAAGAAAUUAAAUUGUUAGGAUUUAAAAUAAACUACAAUCAAAUCAAGAGACUUAUGAAUGCCUUUAAGCAUGUUCACAAAAUAGGAUUCCAUUGGUGUCAAAUUUCAAUUCCUAUUGUGGCGAACUUUCUUGAAGCUUUGAGAGGAACAAAGGUUGAUACUCUUAUUUUAUCAGGAUCAAAGAUUAACGAAAAUAUAAACAAGGAGGGUAGUCCACAAACAUUCACAAAUCUAAUUGAAGGUCUGGCAACUUCUCCUGAUUUCAAACAGAGUCUACAGCAAGUUGAGGCUUACCGCUGUGAAGUUGAACAAAUUAAGGUAUCACAACUUCUUCAUGAAAAUGGAUUCAGCCAGUCAAUAAGAUUAUAUAUGUAGGCAAACCUAUGGUUCAACA